AAUCAAUCAAUGAAAAAGAAAAAGAAAAAGCAGAGAUAAAUAAGGAACGACCUUCCGCGCAAUUCUCACUUUCUCUCUCUCUCUGGUUCUUCUAGCUCUCUAUCUUUCGGUUCUCGACCUUUUGUAGCUGAUCCGAUCACAAAGGAAAAAGGUUUUCUGACUUGUUGUAGAGAGAGAGAUAUGGGUCGUGGAGUCAGCUGCGGAGGUGGACAGAGUUCCCUUGGGUACUUGUUUGGAAAUGGCGAGGUUCCUCCUCCUCAGCAACCGACUGUCAACAAUGAACCACCCGCUUCUCCUGAAGAGCCGGCUGUAAACAAGCAGGUUCCUUCAGAUCCUCAGAAUGGGGGGGAUGCUAUUAAGCAGAUUCCUGCAGGUGUCAACAGCUCUGCAAAAAAUAACUACUUCAGGGCUGAAGGACAGAACUGUGGCAAUUUUCUCACUGAUCGUCCCACAACUAAGGUCCAUGCUGCACCUGGGGGCGGAUCAUCUUUGGAUUACCUCUUUGGUGGUGCUGGUGGUAGCAAAAACAGUGGCGGGGGAAAUUGAACGUCCUACUAUUAGCAUGAGUACAUCUGAAUGCAUUUAAACUUGUAGUGGGAGAAGUUUCUUUUAAUGUUUGCUUGAUUCACCCAAUAAGUAUGGGAGGUUAAGCUUUGUGAAUUUCAUUCUCUGACGCAUCUCUGUUCUUUGGUUUGUAUGGUCGUUGAAGCCUGUGUUGUUGCCUCUAUUUUAUUUUUCAUUUUUUUAAUACCCCAAGAAAGGUUACUAAGCUUUGCCUAUGAUAAAAUUUGUUUCUUCUUUUUCAA